GUGGUGUCGGCGGCUGCUCUUCCCCGGAAAGCAUCCGGUUCUGGCUUUCAGCCGCCACGAGGACAUCCGCAGACUGCAGCGGGUCGGCCUCCUCCCACCGGAGGAUCCUGGGUGGAUCGACCUGCAGGACCGUUUCGGUCCUGGAAGCGCCCCUCCGGGGCUGCAAGCCGUGGUGGCGGGCACUUUGGGCCGUUGGAUGGACAAAAGCUUGCAGACCUCUGAUUGGGAUGUGCGCCCCCUCAGCCCCGAGCAGAAGGCCUACGCUGCUCUCGAUGCCUCGGUGUUGCUGCUCUUGCAUCGGUGUGAGGUUCCUUUGGCGCCCUCUUGGCAGGUGAAGCCUCAGCCUGCCAAGCAGCCUGCCGAAGCGACCAUGGACGCUGUGAAGGAGAGAUGGCUACAAUAUCGCGCCCAGCCGAGCCGCCUUCGCACGCGGCUCUUGGAGGGCGGAGCUCGAGAGAAAAACAGCGACUUGUGCUUCAUUUUGCCUGCAGCUCUCACGCGCCUCAUGCGGAAGAUGCGUGGCCUGGGACUUGACACGGAGAUUCUGAAGGAAGGCGCACCUCAAGGUGAUCUCGUUGAGUCUGCGGAGGCAGAUGACCGGAUCAUCCUCUACUACCAGGCCAAGAAACUCCUGCCGGCACGUGUCGCACACAGAACCUACGUGCUGCAGAGCUCUGCGCCAGACGAGCAGCUGCGGGAAGUGAUCGAGGCCUUCGAUGUCGACGUGGACUCCGACUGCCUCUGCGGCCGUUGCGUGCAGUGCAACGCGUGGGAUUGGAAUCUCGUGGACCGCGAUGCCGUGCGAGGGAACCCGCAGGUGGCAGAGAAGACGCUCGAGAACUUCGACGAGUUUUGGCUCUGCGGUGGCUGCGGCAAGAUUUACUGGGAAGGAUGCUCGCAGCACUGCUACGUAGCAUUUUUUGGGGAAGCUUAUUCCAAAUAUCAGACCCUACAUAGUGAAAUCUAUAAUUGCAUAGGGCCCACAAGGUCUGGAAAUCAAGGAUAUCACAUCAACCACUCUCCCCAAGAUCUUGUUUUUGAUGGAAAUCCCUAUCUCUCGAUACCAGCCCCUGUCAUGUCUCUUUGGUUUUGUUACGAGGCUACACCCCCAUCGAGCUUUGAAUUUUGUUGUUUUGGGGUUUUGGGUCUUGGAAAGGUAUCUAUAUAG